AUGAGAUUCACCCACAACAGUUGGACUGCAGUAAGAACAGAGCUGUCGUCCGAAGAUGCAACAGAUGAGAUGAAGGUCAACGCAACGGCAAAAUCGUCGGUGGUCAAAAUGAUGUCAGAAGCCUCUCUGGCAACCUCUGUUCCUGCGAUUCCCAUGGAAAAGCCCACGUCGGCCAACUUCAGAGCUGGUGCAUCAUUGGUACCGUCACCAGUGACAGCAACAACUUCCCUCAGAUGUCUCAAAGUGUCAACCAAAAUACGCUUAUCCUCAGGACUAGAACGCGCCAAAACGCACAGCUUUGGAAUUAGACUGAUCCGUUCCUGGUCGCUGAGCGUCCGGAAAACAGGACCUUCCAUGCAUGCGCUUGGAUCGUUGUACUGUUCUUCGUUGAGGAUGUUGCAAUUUCUGGCAAUGGCACGAGCCGUCAAAAUGUUGUCACCGGUAACCAUACGAACACGGACACCUGCUCUGGCACAUUUUUGA